CAUGGCUGGCGGAAAGUGCACCUGGAGCCCUCAAGCCCUCUAUAAAAUAUUCCAGCUCCCAGUGAAUUCUACCGCCUAGAUUGGAUAGUUUAUAGAAGCUCUAGCGCCUAUAUAGACGUAAUUACUUCGUACCUAACUAAACUAUCGUUAUAUCCUAAUCGUUGAAAUCCCGCCAUGAACCAAAUGCCAUCACCCCCAGGACUAAAACCUCCCUUCAAGCUAGAAUUCAGUCUCGUUGGCAUCUCGUCCAUUACACAUCCAGCCGCUGUCCGUUCCUCAGUUAGAACUCUCAUCCUUCCCUCUAGAGACUUAGAAGCUUAUCUCGUUGGCGAACUGAACACCAAUCGCUUGUCGCGACUCCACAAACAUCUCUGGCUCGCAGGACUUCCCGUCCCCGCGCGUCCACUACACCGCCAACGACUCGUAAACCGCGCCGUCGUCGUUACAGAGCGUGCAGACGAGCAUUUAGUCUGGCACGAACAUCGUAUCUUCAUUAAACCGUUACCAGCCUUUCUAUUGUGCCACGCAUUCUGGGAAGAGCAUCUGUGCACAAACCCGAUUCUUCAUGCAUCAGCUUGCGGUUUUCUACUAAGCUACGCAUGGCUCGUCGCGCACCGGAGCGACUUCGCUAUUGCCAAUGAUUCGCGCUUAAUGCCUCCAGAUGUCACGUGGGAGCAAUGGACAAAGCUCUCAAGUGAGGUGUUAGGGACAUUAGAUCUUGAUUCUAUGGCGGGAAUCGAUUUGCGAUACCAUUAUGGCGAGCUAAGAUUAAGUCGGCUGGAUAUGCUGACGCGGUGGCCGUUGGUUGCGCCGGAGUUGUGGUCGCCGCGGAAGUUCGUGGAUGGGUAUAUGAGUAGUAGUACGUGGUACAAAGCCUUCUUUGAACGCCAUUUCGGGUGGUUAGUAGUGGGAUUCGUGUAUGUCAGUGUAGUACUAUCGGCGUUACAAGUAGGUCUAGCGACCGAAUCACUGAGCGCUAGCAGCUCGUUUCAAAAUCUUGGGCUGGGGGUUACGCUGGCAGGGCUUGUGGCGUUGGUAUUGGCGCUGGGCUCUAUUGUGUUGGUUUGGCUCGUCCUAUUUUGGUAUCAUGUGUUGUCAACGCUUGCAUUUGUUAGAAAGGUGCGUUUUCAAAGGGAAAGAAAAGCACUAGAUAAAAAUACGUCUUUUUAAUAUUUCAGAAUAAUAGGUACGAAAAAUGCAGUCAAGAUGCCGAGUAUAUUGCUAGGUAUAUCUAAUACUCUCUUACCUUCGAACCGAC